AUGGAAAGUGCUGAAGGUCUUUUUGAAAUAAGGAGAAGUAGCCUUACAGACGUGAAACAAAUUGAAAACUUAAGAAUUAUUUGUAAUUCAACGGAGUUUGGAAAAAUUAGUCUAGUGAACUUGAUUGAGAGAUCAGUUCUGUCACUUUGUGUUACUGACAGUGAUAAAAAUCUGAUUGGCCAUGCAUGCUUCUAUGAAUAUCCAAAUAGCUUGAAGUUUCCAGAAAAUGAUUGGGACACACAUUUUAGACAUAUAUAUUGUACCGAUAACAUAACAACCACAAAUUCGUUAUUCAUUCAUCUUCUCGCGGUUAGUCCAGUUCACGACAAAUUUGCGAUAACUCAGCUGAUAAAGAUGGCGUUUACCGUUGCUUGCUCUGUCCAUUAUAUCUUUUUUGUGUUGGGAGAUGCUUGUAGCAUCAAGUGUUUGAACUCUUUUCCUUUUCAUACAUUAUCAAAGAGGGUUGCCGAAGGAAACGACGUUUACUGCGCUUAUAGGCAUGAAAUUUUUCCAGUCCUCUUCUGUCGUCCAGCAGCAGUUGAGGAUACAGAUGAUCUUACGCCUUUGAUAAAUGAUCAGUCUAAGCUUCUUCAAAAAACAUACGGGGAUUACUACGUCUCAGAAAUAGUUGAAGCUCAAAACGAUAAUCUCAAGUGUGUCGUUGUGGAGUACGAUCGCAGAGCAGUAGGUUUCGUCAGUGCAACAAGAGAUCUAAAUCUCAGGGACUUGAACGCACAUUAUGACUUAGAUUUGUUCAAUGGAUUGGCCAAGUUCGAUAAAUCAGUAAAAAAGGAAGCAGAAGAACAAAAUGAAUUUCCGAUUAAAGUAACUGAAAGUACUUUGGAAGUAACAGAUAAAACAGAAAACACUUUAACCAUAUCAAGUUAUAUAAAAAUCAAAGAACAAAUCAAUCCAUCAGAUCUUAAUCAGUCAAGUUAUCUAUUAAAUAAUGAAGACAAUAGUCAAGUAUAUCACUGGACAAAACGACUUUUGCAUAAAGAUUAUGAUGCGCAAAAUAGCAAUAAGAUUAAAUUGACGGAUAAUGCAAAAUUAAACGCAUUUGCUAUACAACUUUUUACUAUGAGACCGGAAUAUGAAUCGAGAUUUAUGGAUAUGCUACCAUUGUUGUUUAGUCAAUUUUCUGAUUUAGAGUAUGCUGUAAUUACAGUUCCGAGAUUGGUUAAAUGUUUCCCGAUGUUGAAAAGUUUUGUACAUUGUAGAAUAAGACAAAAUAAAGAUCCUGAACAUGAAUUAUAUGUAUUUCAUCGCUGUGAACUUCAUAGAGAUUUUACUGUAAGACGUACACGCCAUGCUGAUGAAGAAGAUAUCAAAUUACUCAUCAGAAAUAUGAAUGCAUUUGACCGUUCUUUGUUUCUUUCCGACUUACAAUCAUUCAUAAGUAAUGGUCGAGAUGAAGAUGGGACAAUAAUUUUUAGUUAUGUUGCUAUUGCACUGGGUAAAUUAGUUGGUGUAGCAAUUUUACGCGAUGAACAUCAUAUUGAAUGGCUUCGAGCUCAUUAUAACAUUGAAGAUUUUAUAUACUUUACACAUCAUGCUCGAAAUGAGCAUGUUUCAUUGUAUCAUUUCUUACUAGCAGCUAAUUUUCAGUCAAGAACAGAGUUAUUUCUUCGAGAAAUUAUGCGUCUGUCUAAGAAAACAUGUAUUUAUUAUCGUGUACUUCCACCAUAUGCAGAGGAAUCAAAAUUUAAUCGAUGUACCCUGAUAACUUGUCUAUCAAAAUUAUCUCUUGUGAAACCAAGAAAACAAAUUAUCUAUCCAGAAUCUUUAUUAAAUAAUAUAAAAGGACCAGAGAAAAGAAUAUUAGAAAAAUUUAAUUCAAUGCCAUCAUUAUUUAUGACAACAAAAAAAUUAUUAAUGGAACCAAAAGAAUUGAUCAAUGCUAGAAUUAUUAUUGUUGGUGCAUCAACUACUGGAUUAGCUAUACUUGAAAAAUUAAUCACAUGUCCAUAUAUUCGAUUUACUAAUCUUGUAUUAUUGUCUCCAAAUGGUUUGCCUGGAGAUACCUUAGAAAGAAUAAAUCCUCUCGCCUACAAAUUUCUAUCAACAGAGAAAUUUAAAAGGAUAACAAUAUCUUCUAAACAUAAAUUAUCCUAUGAUUAUUUAAUUAUAACAACUGGAUUACAAUAUAAUGUAUGUUGUCCAAUGUCUAAACUAGAAAAUCUUACCAAAGAAGAAACUGUCAAUCAUUUCAUAUCAGUGAAUUUUGAUUAUAAACAUGAUAAAGAUAACAACAAUUGUGAUAAUAUUAAUGGCAAUCGUUAUGAUACCAAUAAUGGUAUCUGUAAUAUGAAGCAUCGAUUUGCAAUUUUGCAAUCAAAAACAUCCCGACCAAGUAACUUGUUCGUAAUCAAUGAUGUACAUGAUGUCUUACCAAUAAUAGACCGGAUCAAUAAUAUUUAUUUACCAUUAUUUCAUGAAGUACAGUUUAUUACUUCAGAAAAUAGAACACCUUCAUUUGAAAUUGAAAGUUCCAAUGCUGACAAACAAUUGAGCAAUGAAAAUGAUCAAAUAAGUGAAGAAAAACGAAUAAGCCAACAAAAUUCAAUGAAAAAGCAAAAACAAUGUGAACAUAGUGAGACUGAAGAGCAAUUGAAAUCUCAAUCAAAUCAAUUAUUAUACGACACAUUUAACGACCUAAAUGUGUUGGAUAAUGAAAGGAUAGUUAACAAAUUAUUUAUUAUUUAUGGUUAUACAAUUGAUGCAUAUACAUGUAUCACAGGUUUAUUAAAUGCUGGUGUUGAUGGAAAUUAUAUUAUUAUGAUACAACCACCAAAAAUGAAACAUUGUCCACCAGCUUUCAAUAGCUCUGUUAUUCAACAAAAAAUACACAAGCAUAUGAACAAACUGAAAAUUCGUAUUGGAUACGAUUUUAUAUUAGACCAUUGGUGUAAUAGUAACAUGGAAUCCAGUUCAUCUGACAUUAAAACAGUUACAUUUAAUUCAAAUGGAAAACUUUUAACUAUACCAUGUUUAGGAUUAUUCUAUUUUCAUAUGAAGACGGUAGACGUGGAUGUAUUCAAAGCUUUAAAUGAUUCAUGCAUAGUAUUUGAUUCAAGAUUAGUAAUUGAUAUUCAUUUUCGUACAAACGAUUCAUCAAUAUUUGCUGCUGGUCCAAUAACCAAAUUAAAACGAAUUUAUUAUAAUGAUUAUUGGAGACAUGAAAUUGCAGACAGUGUGGAAAUUGGUCAUUGUUUAGGAGACCAACUUUUAAAUUUAUUUGAUCCGAAUAUUGAAAACGUAAAAGCACCUCCAGUAGAUGAUUCAUUUAUUUUGCCAACAUUUAAACAAUCUAAAACUGUUGGUGCAUUACUGCCGGGUAAUCUUUUUUAUCUUCAUUGUACACAACCAUCAUUAUGGGAAUCCAUGGAUACUAGAAUGAAUAAUUCUGAAUUUGGUCGUCUACUGGUUACUGGCGAAGAUGCUAAAGAAAUACGAUACUUUUCGAUCUAUAUCAAUAAGUAUAAUUUAAUUCAGGACAUAGCGUGCUUAUCUACAAAGGAAUUCCCUGCUGAGAACUAUAUUCAACUAUUCAAUUUACAUGAGUUCCUUUUAAACCACUUAGUGUCAAGAUUUGAUGAAGGUUUAAUUCGUGAUUUUUAUGAUUACUUUAAUGACACAUGGUCUUUAGCGAUUUAUCACGAUCGUUUUGCCGAUUUCAAGUCCGAAAUACGUAACCUGAUCAAUACAUGUUCGCCUACAACGACAGACGAAUCACUAGAGGCAAAAUUACGAACAAUAAUUAAAGAAAAAGAUCAGGUUUCACUGAAUGAUUUUCACGAAUUAAACCGAUUAUAUAAUAGUGAAUAUAAGAAAGAAAUAGAACAACGUUUCAUUAAAUUCAUUAUGUUUAAUUAUAAUUUAUUAUCAAUGUAUGCCAAACCUGAUCUUGUUUAA